AUGUUUGGCUUAAAAAUUGCUAUUUUGUUAAUUGUAUCAUCAAUUCAGUUUUGGUCAGUGACUAGAGGAAUAAUAGUUACAACACCAUUGGGUAGAAUUCGGGGUACAACCUUCCAAUACAAUGGUACAACUGUUUACAAGUUUCUGGGCAUUCCAUAUGCUAAACCUCCAGUUCAAGACUUGAUGCUAGAGAAGCCAAUACCAAUUGGACCAUGGCACGGAACCUUGAAUGCUACUACAUAUGGAUCAGCAUGUGUUCAAAGAGGUUCUUCAUCUCAUAAAAAUCCAGUCAAGAGCUUGGAUUGUCUUUACCUGAACGUUUAUGUUCCCCGAUCUCUUACAGAGAUAAAACCAGUUAUGAUCUUUAUCCAUGGCGGUAGUUAUAUGUUCGGCGAUGGAAGUAUGUAUGAUGGUACCGCUUUAGCAGCUAAUGGAAAUGUCACUGUGGUUGUUAUCAACUAUCGCCUGGAUGCUUAUGGGUUUUUAUCUACAAUGGACAAUGAGAUUCCGGGUAACUAUGGCCUCUGGGACCAGCGCCAAGCUAUGAUCUGGGUCAAAGAAAAUAUUCAAAAUUUUGCAGGUGAUAAUGCUUCCCUAACCAUGUUUGGUGAAAGUGCCGGUGCCUACAGUACAGGUGCCCACAUGUUAUCAACGCACAAUGUUGGGCUCUUUCACAGAGUUAUUUCUGAGAGUGGUGUGGCAGUUUCACCAAUUGGAAUGACGUAUGAUCCAAUCUAUUAUUCUAGGAAGAUCAGUGAUUAUUUGGGAUGCACUCAGUUUAACGCAUCUGGUGGUUGGGAUACGAAAGCAUUCAAGCAGUGUUUUAAGUCUAAAGAUCCAUCAUUAGUGUUAGACGCUUCAAUCAAAGCAGGCGAUUAUGGUGUUCUUGCGUAUCGAAGAAUUAUUGGUCCAGUGGUUGACGGAGAUUUCCUGCUCGAUUUCCCUCGGAAUGUUCUAGACAGAGAUGACGUACCUUUCAAGAACAUUGAUUUGAUGGUUGGAACUAAUGCACAGGAAGGCAGUUUGACUGUUGGUCCUCUACAAGCAUACGUUAAGCAGUACAAUAUCAGUUUACCAAAGGGGGUUCCACGGCAGAUUUUUAAGGAUCACAUAGCUUUGGCCAUAGCUAGAGAUUAUUACAAUGAUAGUUUCGAUCAGGUUCUGGACAAUAUUACGAAUACGUAUAUGUAUUCAUUUGAUGGGAUCUCUGAUUUCGACCAAGCCGUGAAAAUGGUAGAGAUGUACGGUGAUUUUAUUCUUCAAGCUCCCACCGUGGAAACGGUCGAGUAUCAUACAAAGCUGACCAAGAUGAAGAAGACAUAUCAGUAUUAUUUCACUCAUAAACCAGUUAAAAGACAUUCUCUCCCAUGGCUUCAAGGAGCAAACCACGCAGACGAACUAGAAUACGUGUUCGGGCCUCCUUUGAAAGGCAUUUCCGAUGAGAAGAUACAUUUUUCACGAUUAGUUAUGAAGUACUGGAGUAAUUUUGCAAGAUAUGGAAAUCCCAAUGGUGAAGGUCCAGACCAAUGGCCAAAAUCAAACCAAUAUACAAAGCCGUAUUUUCUUCUUGAUUUCAACCAAGCAGCUUAUACAAAGUUACUCAGGCGUAGGGUCACAUUUUGGAAGAAUCUUGGCACCCAAUCCACCUAG